AUUUCUAAUUUCUUAACCCCAUAUUUUUCUCUUCAUUAAAUUAGAAACAGAUAUCAAUUAACGUAGGAGCAUAUCACAUCUAUCUCACGUUAUUUUAUUUAUUUACGAAGAUAUCCACUUGAUAUUUUUUAUUAUAAAUGUAUUAAAUCUUAUCUCCAACUUAGUAUAGACUAUUUUUUUGAAACACCUUGGUUGGUACAUUUCAUUCACCAUCCAAUCCUAUCAAUUUUUGCCAAUGGAACAACUCAAACCAAGUGCAGCUAACAAUUCCCCUCUAACACCACUCGGCUUCUUAGAAAGAGCAGCUACAAUUUACAGUGAUACCCCUUCCAUCAUCUACAACGACACCGUUUUCACCUGGUCUCAAACCCACAACCGAUGUCUCCAACUUGCCUCCUCAAUCACCUCCCUCGGAAUCCGCCGCGGAAACGUCGUCUCCGCCAUCGCUCCCAACAUCCCCGCCAUGUACGAACUCCAAUUCGCCGUCCCUUUCACCGGCGCAAUUCUCAACAACAUCAACACGCGCCUCGACGCGCGUACCAUCUCAACCAUACUCCGUCACUCCGAGUCUAAACUAGUUUUCGUGGACUGCGCCGCACGUGAUCUCGUCCUCGAAGCCUUGUUAUUAUUCCCUUCAAAUUUACAACGCCCUCUCCUUAUCCUUAUCAAAGAUGAAACAUUCGAAGAAGUAACAUCAUCCACCGUUGAUUCCAAUUUCAUCUCAACUUAUGAAGAUCUAACGGUGAAGGGUGAUCCAUUAUUUAAGUGGGUUCCACCAAAAACUGAAUGGGACCCAAUGUUACUUAAUUAUACUUCGGGAACGACGUCGUCUCCAAAAGGUGUAGUUCAUUCCCACAGAGGAACUUUCAUAGUAACCGUUGAUUCUUUAAUCGAUUGGGCGGUUCCUAAACAACCGAUUCUUCUCUGGACGCUUCCUAUAUUCCACGCUAACGGGUGGAGCUUCCCGUGGGGAAUCGCAGCCGUAGGAGGAACUAACAUCUGCGUAAGAAAAUUCGACGCUGAAACCGUUUUCACUCUCAUAAAAAAGCAUCACGUGACACACAUGUGCGGUGCUCCGGUUGUUCUCAACAUGCUAACAAACUCACCUGAUAACAAACCGUUACAACAUAAAGUUCACAUCCUAACCGCCGGAGCACCGCCACCCGCCGCCGUUCUUUACCGUACGGAGUCGUUAGGUUUUGAGGUGAGUCACGGCUACGGUUUAACGGAAACCGGCGGGUUAGUGGUUUCCUGCUCGUGGAAAAACAAAUGGAACCGUCUCCCGGCGACGGAGAGAGCGCGAUUGAAGUCACGCCAGGGAGUGAGAACAAUCGGAAUGACUAAUGUUGACGUGGUGGAUCCCAACGGAGAUAGCGUAAAACGCGACGGAGCAACGCUCGGCGAAGUUGUUAUGAGAGGCGGUUGCGUUAUGUUAGGGUAUUUGAAGGAUCCUGAAGGAACAGCGAGUUGUUUAAGGAACGGUUGGUUUUACACCGGCGACGUUGGUGUGAUGCAUGAAGACGGUUAUUUAGAGAUUAAAGAUAGAUCUAAAGAUGUGAUAAUUAGUGGCGGAGAGAAUCUGAGUAGUGUGGAGGUUGAAUCGGUGUUGUACGGACAUCCGGCUGUGAAUGAGGCAGCGGUGGUGGCGAGAGCCGAUGAGUUUUGGGGAGAAACGCCGUGUGCGUUUGUGAGUUUGAAAAACGGAUUGAAGGAAAAGGAAAUACCGAAGGAGAAAGAGAUAGUUGAGUAUUGUAGGAAGAAUUUGCCGCAUUAUAUGGUUCCGAAAACGGUGGUUUUGAUAGAUGAACUUCCGAAGACGUCUACUGGGAAGAUACAGAAAUUUGUCCUUAGAGAUAUGGCUAAGAAAAUGGGACCACUCAAGAAAAGUCGACUUUGAACAGAGGAGAAGUUGAUGACACACUGUCAAUAGCGUACAAAAUUAAUAAAAUGAUGAAUUAAUAAAUUAUUCCGUCAAACUAAAUAAAUGUGUAACAUAUGUUGUGGAAUUCUGUACGAUUCUUCAUGUUAUUAUUCCUAUGGAUAGAUUCUUCUUGCCGUUUUGUUCCUUUUAUUGUAAUUGGAUCUGAGAGAGGGUUUGCCAAAGAUAAUGGUUAAUAUUAUUACUUUAUUAACAAUAGUUAUUGUUAUGUUAA